AUGGUGGUGGCAGGGGAGAUCCGGACGCGCCUGGUUGAGUAUGGCAAGUUCAAGAUCGUCAUCAUGGAUGCCCCGUGUGACGAGAACUCGCACAUGUAUGUGCGAGAGCUCAAGCAGCUGGGGGUCACUGAUGUCGUACGAACUUGUGAGCCCACAUACUCACCCGAGCUUUUUGAAAGAGAAGGUAUUGAGGUCCACGAAAUGACCUUCCCGGAUGGUGCAGCACCACCGGAGGAGCUAAUUCAAAAAUGGAACGGUGCCUUGGCAGAGAGUUGGGACAGGGACGUGGCUCGAGCAUACGCUUCAGCUGAUAGUCAUAGGUCGUACCGAUGCGGCUAG